GCACCAUUAUCUUAUAAUUUUAAGAUGUUUUUUUUUCUUCAAGUGACGCCCCUUUAGAGUCGUAUAUGCUAACUUUAUUUCAAUUGGCCGAUCCCUUAGGAUCUUGUAUGCAAGGGCAUAUUUAUUUUCAACCCCUUGUAUGAGUUGAAUUUUUUUUUUGAAAUUUGUUAUUAAAUAGUACUAAUAAUUUAAGUAAUUAUAUAUUUUUAAUUAAGUGAGUAGGUGACCAAGACUUGAAUAAUCUUCCUUCAAGAGUUCCACUCCAUCUAAAUUAGUGUUACCCCAAAUCAUCAUUCAAAGCUAUCUUAGGCUAAUUAAGUUGCUGAUAUAGUUUAUGAGAAAAGGAACAUAUUGAGUCAAAUUGGGUCUAAUCUAUGUAAUUGAAGAACAAUGUCCAAGCUUGGAACCUCAUUAUUGGUGCCUUCUGUCCAAGAUCUUGCAAAGCAACUCAACACAAAAGUUCCAGAACAAUAUAUUCAUCCAAAUCAAGACCCUAUUGUUGUAUCAAAUACAAGUUCUUUACAACAAGUUCCACUCAUUGACCUAAGUAAAUUGUUGUCUGAAGAUGAACUUGAGGUAGAGAAGCUAGAUCAUGCUUGUAAAGAAUGGGGAUUCUUCCAGCUGAUUAAUCAUGGAGUCAAUCCUUCAAUAGUGGAAAAUGUGAAGAUAGGUGUUCAAGAGUUUCUAACUCUUCCGGCGGAAGAGAAGAAGAGAUUUUGGCAGACCCCCGAUGACGUAGAGGGUUUUGGUCAAUUGUUUGUUGUAUCUGAGAAUCAAAAGUUAGAAUGGGCAGACUUAUUCUUCAUUGCGACUCUUCCUUCGUCUGCAAGGAAUCCUCGCUUAUUUCCUAAUAUUCCCCAACCGUUCAGAGAUGAUUUAGAGACCUAUUGUUUAGAGUUGAAGAAAGUUUGCAUCACAAUCAUCAAACAUAUGGAAAAAGCUCUUAAAGUUGAACCAAAUGAAAUGCUAGAGUUGUUUGAAAAUAUAAAUCAAUCAAUGAGGAUGAAUUUCUACCCUCCUUGUCCACAACCAGAAAAUGUCAUUGGACUGAAUCCUCAUUCUGAUGCUGGGGCCUUAACAAUCCUUCUCCAAGCUAAUGACAUUGAAGGUCUCCAAAUUAGGAAAGAUGGACAAUGGAUUUCUAUUACACCACUCACCAAUGCUUUUGUCGUAAACAUCGGAGACAUUUUAGAGAUUAUGACGAACGGAAUUUAUCAGAGUAUCGAACAUCGAGCUACAGUUAACUUAAAGAAAGAGAGGAUUUCUAUUGCUGCAUUUCACAGACCCCAAAUGAGCAAAGUUAUAGGUCCAACACCAAGUCUUGUUACUUCUGAAAAGCCGGCAUUGUUCAAAACAAUUACUACGGAAUAUUACUACAAAGCAUUCUUUUCGCGCAAGCUACUAGGGAAAUCAUGCCUUGAUGUUGUGAGAAUCCAAAAUGAGAAUGGCAAGUGAUAAAAGUAGUAUACAACUAUUUGGCUUUGAAAUAAACAUGUUCUGUUAAAACAGUUACACCAUAUGUGGUAGGUAUCAAAGGAACGAUAAUUCAAUAAAGUGGAUUUGUAAAUAUUAACAGCACAAGGACCUGAGUUUGAAGUCCAAUCAUGGUGGUUAGAUUGAUCAAACCCUUGUUUAGGUGCUUCAAAGUUUCCAUUGACAUGAUAGUUAUCUACUUGGUUUUCAUGUGGAUUAUUAUUAUUAUUAUUAUUAUUAUUAUUAUUAUUAUUCA